AUGGAGAGGAGGCCACAAACGCUCCUGUUGCAACCACACGAAUUCUAUCUUGACGACCUCGCUGCUGAGCGCCUGAACAAGCGUCUCAUCCCCCACCACAUCUUGGCCGACCGGUUCCCGGUGGACCGCUGCAGCCCCUGCUCGUUCGAAAUGGGUAAUGCAUUUGCCGGCCUCGUCAUCCUCGUAUCGCCUCAAGAGCAUGAUUUCGACCAGCUGGAGAGGAAGAUUGAGGACCACGGCGGUGUGCGCCGGUCGUACUUCAUGAUUAUCUCAAGCAAAAGGAUUCCCGUGCUGUGCGAGGGCAUGCUCUUCGGAUUUGCAUGCGGUGUACCAGUCCUGUCAAAGACGUACAUUGACGACCAUAUUGCCGAUGCCACCACCGACUGGUGGCGAUACCUCGCUUCGACAGGUUACUCGACGUUUCUGGCCCAAUUUGGCACCCAGUGGUGGGUCGACCGCAACUGGGGCAGCCCAACUUGGCUUCCCGAGAAAGCGAUCGAGGAGUCACUGCCAUUCGCCGACAAGAAGGUGCUGGUCAUCACCACCACCGCCAACAAGAAAGAAUCUCCGUACAUGAAGGGCACAGCACCUUUCUACCUCGCGGCCUUGGGAGCAACCGUCUGCACCGCACCGACCCUACCAACGGACGACGCCCAUUCUCCCAGUUUAAAGGCUACACAUGCUCCGAAGAGGAAGCGCCACGUCCUUCCAGAGCCGGAGACCCCACCGGAGUUGCAGGCGAAGCCACUCACGAAGCAUCGUGCCCAACGCGAAACUCCUCCUCGGUUCGUUCGCAACCAGCGCAACAUACUGGCCCAGCCCUCUGUGGUACAGUAUGUUAACCCCAACAAGCCGAUACCAGUGUUCGCACGGCAUCACCUACUCGGAGAAUGGGUCGUGGGCGUGAUCACCUACCGCCAAGGCCAAGGUGUGGACAUUACAUAA